AAUACACUGAACCUUCCGCUGUGGGGAGUAUUUCUGAUUUCCUUAUCAACUAUGUGCAUUGUCGCCUUCUCCGUCGUCACGAGCUGGGGAGACCAUACAGAUGUAUCACAGUCUAUGAUAAUAUACUUAAUGGUGGCAGGUACCGUGUAUGAAAUUUGCUGGUUUGGAAGCGAACUGUCAGAACAGGCUGAAAGUGUUAGAGACGCGGCCUGUGGGUGCGACUGGGUGGGAACUCCCGUCCCGUUCCAGCGCUGUCUGAUCUUCAUCAUCGCUGCGGUCAACAAGGAGUUUACACUCACGGCUGGCAAGUUUGUUCCAGUCUCCAACAAGACCAUGAUGAAUGUGAGGAUACACUUCUGUGACAUGUGACAGGACACAAAUUUGGAAAGACGGCAAAGAUUCCAUAUUACAUGCUGAUAACAUUACU